CUGGGUCUACUCAACGUGUAUGGCAUUGUCCCUUACACCACAUGCUGGCGUUUUACACUAGUAGUCCCAAGCGUCCUUAGCGCCACACCUACCGGAGCAUCGGAGUAGGGCUAUUACUAUGCCCCCUACCCUCCCCCUCGUUGUAACACAGACCUUGUGUUUUUCAUCUCGGACAGUUUUAUUCCACCUCCGCAAACCACAACACGUCCCCGCACCAGAGCUUGUUUGGAUAUAGGACUAUUAAAUUUGCCCCUCUGAAUUUACUAAAAGUCAUAUUGCGGUUUCGAUUCGCGUAUUUGAAACCUGUUUACGCAGAGAUAUAAUGGGUUGCUGUUCAGGACGAUGUAUGCUGAUCUUCUUCUGCACUCUCCAAUUGAUGACAGCAUUGGAGAGGCAGGCUUUGGACUUCCUUGGGUACCAGUGGGCUCCCAUCAUGGUCAACUUCCUGCACAUAAUUAUGGUUAUCCUCUGCCUCUUUGGCACCAUUCAGUACAGACCACGCUAUGUUGUUCUAUACCUGCUGUGGACAUUACUAUGGGUGGCAUGGAAUGUCUUUGUGAGCUGUCUCUACUUGGACCUGGGAGGCCUUUCCAAGGAGAGCGACCUGCUUUCUCUGGGUGUAUCCUCACACCGUUCAUGGUGGAAAGACAACAGUCCAGGCUGUGAUGACAGGGACCUUCCUGCCACUAGAUGGCAGAGUCUGGAGAGCCCAGAACUCAUCUCUGCUCUGGGAUGCUGGCUGGAAUAUCAAUACAUAGAGGUCCUACACUGCAUUGUACAAGUCCUAAUCUCUUUCUUGGGAUUUGCCUACGCCUGCUAUGUGGUCAGCACCUUCACAGAGGAGGACAGCUACUAUAAGUAAAGAUUUCAAGUGGAUUGAAAAUGACUGACAGGCAAGGAGGGCAGAAGAGGUACAAGAGAGUGGAAUAUCUCCAGUCAGUGAAACAGAAGACAUUCCCACAAUGCUCACAAAACAUCAUUCCUCUGCCUACCAGCACUCUUAAUGCAUACUAGAGUAAACCAGCAUGAGUUCUCUGUUUAAUGUAAUAUUGGUCGAUACUAGCUUAAUCCAAGAUCUGCAAAGGUGGAAAGAGUACAGAAAUAUCCUACUCAAGUAGAAGCACUGUUAGUUUAAUGACAUUUUAUUCAAGUAGAUGUCAAAUUACUGGUGUAAAAAAACUACUCAAGUAAAAGAAAAAAAGUUGCACAUUUAAAAUAAAAUAAAAGUAAAAAUAAAGAAGUUACUUUUCAAAAAAAAACAUUGACUUGAUACUUAGCUGAAAGUUGCCUGAAAGUUACCUGAAAGUUGUUACACAUGAUCUUUUCCAUGCAUUACAUUAAAAAGAAAGAGAGGAAAUGAAUGUUCAGUGCAAGGAUCUAGGAACUAAGUUCAGUGCAACAAGGCACAUCUGCAUGUAAAAAAAACUAAGAAUUUGUCAAAAUUAUACUAUUAAUAUUAGAAAAUAAAGUAAACAGCCAAAGUGUAUUUAUGAUUUUAAAAAGCAAUACAAAAUAAAGUGCCUAAACAAUAAAGUUGACAGACUUCAAUAUACUUCAGACUCCAGAAAUAAACAUGUCUAAUCCUACACCCAUUCAUCACCCCUUCGUUAUAUGUUACUUGUCCAUGGGACCGGGUGACAUUCAACAUUCACUCACUCCCCCAUUCACACACACUCACUCCCCCUCUUUCCACUCAGUAAAUCACUAAAUCACUCACUCACUAAAUCACACACACACACACACACACACACACACACACACACACACACACACACACACACACACACACACACACACACACACACACACACACACACACACACACACACACACACACACACACACACACACACACACACACACACACACAAACUCCCUCUUUCAAUCAAUUACCAGGGGUGGAAAGAGUACUGAAAUAUCCUACUCAAGUAGAAGUACUGUUACUUAUAUAACAUUUUACUCAAGUAAAAGUACUUGAGUAAAAAAAAUACUGAAAAAAGUACAAGUACUUGGAAAAGCUACUCAAUUAUAGUAACGAGAGUAGUUGUAAUUAGUUACUUUACACCUCUGAAGAUCUGUUUGUGUUUAUGCCUGCUCCAUUGUCAUUGUCAAGUUGUUUGGCAUAACUAUUCCUAGUUGGCAAGAGAGCAGAAACAGACUGGCACCCAGGCUAGGUCAAUACAGGUACACUCAGAACAUUACUGAUACUUCUGACAUAACAUGUAUCAGUGUGCAGGAAAUAGUAUUCGUUGUAUUAUGACAUAAUGGCACAUUGUAAAAAUAAGCAAUUAUGCAAAGAGUUGAAUAUGGACUGAAUCCUAUAAUUGUGUGUCCUACAUUGAUGUUAAUGAGAGAUUUGCUUUUGAAAGAAAAGCAAUUUUUUGUCCAUUAAAAUGACAUCAAAUUGAUCAGAAGUACAGUGUAGACAUUGUUAAUGUUGUAAAUGACUAUUGUAGCUGGAAACGGCUGUUUUUUUAAAUGGAAUAUCUACAUAGGCAUACAGAGGCCCAUUAUCAGCAACCAUCACUCCUGUGUUCCAAUGGCACGUUGUGUUAGCUAAUUAAAGUUUAUGAUUUUAAAAGUCUAAUGGAUCAUUAGAAAACCCUUUUUCAAUUAGAUAUUCCAUUAAAAAAUCUGCCAUUUCCAACUACAAUAGCCAUUUACAACAUUAACAAUAUCCACACUGUGUUUCUGAUAAAUUUGAUGUUAUUUUAAUGGACAAAAACAAUGACAUUUCUAAGUGACCCCAAACUUUUGAACGGUAGCGUAUGUGAAGGUAUCCGUCUGUGUGUUUCUCUCUCUGUGUGUGUGUGUGUGUGUGUGUUUGUUUGUACACAGUACAGUACAGUAGUUCAUACAUGAGAAUGUACUGAUUCCAGACACCAGAGGAAAAUACAGACAUUUAGUAAAUAAUCUUCAAUAUUGUGAUAGAAAUAAGUUAAUGUCAGUGGUUCAUGUAAAAAACAAAAAUCUUAAAGAUAUAGUCAGGAAGCAUCUCCUAGGCCUACCUCUGAAUUUCUUCUGAAUGUAGAUGUCACUGCUGGGAAAAAGCCCUGAAUGUAUCUUUAAGUGGAUCUUGUUGAAAUAAACAGCACUUGUCUUUUA